AUGAGUCAAGGUCGAUCAAUUAUCGACAUUAUUCAAGAUCCAGCAGCACUCGAUGCAUUUCUUCGUUCAUCAGCAAAAUCUUCAUCGAAUAAUCCUGGAUCUCAACAACGCCUACUAACUAAUACUACUGAUCAAAAUCGAUCGUCUACAACAAAUGUCAAUCCUACUGGAAAUAAUAUCUAUAAUCAAAACACAACUAAUAAUACAAAUGUACAAAUUACACAAAAUACAUUCAAUUUCAAUACGAAUCCAUCGUUAACUAAUCUUGCUCCAGCACAAGCACAACAUCCACAACAAAUUAAUACCAACGAGGCAGCGAGAGUACUCAGUCAAACGAUUGGUUCGCAAACGAAUGUUAAUGUCAUUUUAAACCAAACAGUUAUCCAACAACAACAACCAGCUGUUCAAACGACAACCACAGCGAAUCAGCAACAAAUGGUUGCAAUCAAUAUCAAUGGAAAUCAAACGUUAAUACCAUUGAAUAUGUUCACAAGACUUUUACAACAAAAGUAUUCGUCGACACAGCAAUCUACAACGCCUUCGACGACGACAACGACGACGACUAUCAGUCAACCAAGUACUUCAACACACAUUCUACAAAAUGGUGCAACACAAAAUAGUACUGGAUCUCUACUUUCACAAGUUUCUUUGGGGAACAAUUCACCAGCAGCAACGACACUGCGGUUUGUUCGUCCACCGAAUACAUCAACGAUGACGACGAGCAGUCCAACAACAAACUUGAUGUUGCCUACUGGACAAAGACUAAGUACUCCAAUACUGUCCAAACCACAAACCGGUAAUAUAAUAGUUCAAGUACCAAACAAUGAUAACAUUCUUUCGAAAUCCAUUGAUAAAAAUUCAUCUACAUCAACGAACAGUGAUCUCACUACACAAUUAGUAAAUGAUCUUCAAACAAGUGGGAGUGAUGCUGAAAAACAAAUUACAUUAAUCGAUACCUAUCUGUCUCAAAUCCAUUCGUCGACUGACAAGGAUCGUGAAUUCUGCACACGAAUUAUUCGAUAUCGUGAAACAUUAUCACAGUCAGUUGAACAAUCUCGGAUAAGUGGGCAACAUCGUCAGCGUUUACUCGAUCAGUCAACUACAUUGAAUACUUUAUUAUCGAAUCCGUCGAUUAAACGUGAAACAUCAGUGACCAUCAUACCAGCAACGACGACGACGACGACAACAGCAGCGACAGCAAUGACGACUUCCGUUGUUGGAACGCAACAGAAACCGAAUGGUACGACAUUGAUACAGCUACCACUUGCGAAACAAGAUGAAUUAUUAAAUGCUGUUUUGAAAAAGCUACGUCAUGUGAACUUACCUGAUUUACAAGCACAAAAGAUUUUACCCAUGGAAUUAUCACUCGAAAAGAAACUCCAAAUCCAAAAGCUAGAAAUGCAAAUAGCGGCGUUACCAGUUGAAAAACAGCAGCAAUUUGCUCGAGGACAAAGAGAAUUAGUACCGAAAUAUUUAGCUAAAAAUGCAGCUAGUGGCAUGAAUACAACAACGACAUUAACUGUGAAUCCUCGAACGAAAAUUCUAUUGGGUGCUCCACCUGGUUCGACUGUAGCAACAGCAAACACAACUAUUAACACUGGCAAUGCAAAUAUCGCGCGUUCUUUACGUAUAUCAAGUGCCGAUUUAAUCGGUCAGCAACUACGAAAGGAUCAAACACAUGUUUUGAAACCAGAUUUUAAAACACGCUUUUUAACACGUGGUGACGCGAUAAAACGCUUAACACGAUACCAUGUAUUUACUAAACCAGCACCACCCGCUUACGAACCUACGGAAGACGAAUGUCGACAGUUCGAUGAAUCUUUCGAAAUCGAAGCUCGAAGUUUGUUGACUGCUAGUGAACGUAUCAAUGAAGCCAUAUCCAGAUUUACUGUAUCUAAUGAUCAUUUGAAUAAUGAAUCUUUUGAUAAAUAUUUAUUAGAAAAAAUGCAACUUGAUGACCUACGUGAACAGUUAGAAAUCGAAAAAAGUGAUUAUGAAACAAGAAAACGACGCGCAAUUGAUAUUGACAAUAGGCCCAGUGCCGUGCCAGUCAUUGAUCCAAAUUCAUCUCCACCUCCUGCAACAUAUGAUUUCCUUUCAAAUAAUUCAAAUUAUAAUCUUGGUCCAACUAUGUCUGACGCUGAUUAUAAUGAACUGUUCAAUAGUGAUUCAGCCCCUGACGAAAGCGUUCGAACAACGGAUGAAACUCAAUUGGCAAUUAAUUCCAUUGUUGAUUGUGGUGCCAUCGAACAACAGGAAAAUCCCAUUGAUAUAUCAGAUUCGGCGAAUUUCUUCUUCGAUGAUCUUGAUAUUGAUAAUCAUCAUCAAGAUAACAAUCAAACCCAAGAUGAUGAAGCGUCACGUGCCGUCCAAAACUUGCUCGGCUUUUCUUGA